AAGUGGGAGAAGUCUGCAGAUACCAAGAGAGUUCGAAUAAGCUGCUUUCAGUGUCAAGUUUAGCAAGGUCCAGUUUGGACAGUUUUAUCCGUUGAAUAGUUAUGCUGCAUAAUAAUAUGAUAUUUGGUGGCAUCCCUUGCACAACGUUGCUUUGCUGGGCUACGGGCAUUGUGUUUGGUGGUGCGAGUCUGCUGCUGGUGGGCAUUCGUCUCUACGCUUAUUUCAGUUCAGGCGUCUGCAAGAGCAAAAGACAAAUGAACGGAAAAACGGUGAUCAUCACAGGAUGCACUUCCGGUAUUGGCAAGGAGACCGCGAGAGAUCUCGCCAAAAGAGGCGCGAGAGUCAUUAUGGCAUGCAGAAACAUGGAUACCGCUAAUCGAUUGAAAGAUGAGUUUGUAAAAGAGUCGGGCAACAGCAAUAUCGUAGUCCGCAAAUUGGAUUUGUCAUCGUUGCAAUCAGUCAGAGAAUUUGCGCGGCAAAUAAAUCAAGAGGAAAGCAGAUUGGACGUGUUGAUUCAUAAUGCCGGAACUGCAGGGGCUUUCCGGAAACAGGUGACUGUAGAUGGAUUGGAAAUGACUAUGGGUACCAAUUAUUUCGGGCCUUUCUUGUUGACUCAUCUUUUAAUCGACUUGUUAAAACGAUCGAAACCAAGUCGUAUCAUAGUGGUUGCGUCAGAGCUUUAUCGAUUAGCGCGUUUAAAUCUCAACAACAUCAAUCCCACAUCAACCUGGCCGGCGUAUUUGUAUUACGUGUCAAAGUAUGCGGAUAUAGUCUUCACGUUGGAGCUGGCGCGACGAUUAGAAGGCUCGGGAGUAACGGCGAAUUGCCUGCAUCCCGGAAUGAUAGACAGUGGAAUCUGGCGAAAUGUACCCAUUCCGUUGUCUUGGUUCGUGCACGUUAUAGUCAAACUAUUCUUCAAGACGCCCGAGCAAGGAGCGCAAACAACUAUUCAUCUCGCAGUAUCCCAAGAACUCAACGGCAUUUCGGGAAGAUACUUCAUGGAUUGUGCUGAACACAGACUGUCUAAUGCUGUGAAAGAGCCUGCUAAAGGCAAAAAAUUGUGGGAAUUAAGCGAGCCUCUGGUGGAACUGCAACCAUCAGAUCCGAAGAUUUAAACAUAUAUAUUUUUUUAUUAACUUCUAUAAAACUUCUGUCAUUUAUUAUAUAAUAAUGGCCUUCUGCACUUAACAUUUUAAUUAUACUUUUCUAAAACU